UAGCGCUAGAUUGACUACCUUGUAUUUCAAAGAAUAAUUCUAGAGUUAUGUUUCAACAUUUUUUUUUUAUUAUCAGGAGUCGAAUUGUACAGAGAAAUAUUUCCGGUUUUGAAGUAGAAGCACGUUCGAAGGUUUUCAAGAUUAUAAAUGUUUCGCGAAAAAAUCACGAAAUAUGCUGUCCACGUGUCAUUGACCUCUUAAUUUCACUGGAUCACUCUUCACGAGAAUACUUGAUAUAUUGUUGAGGUCAAGGUCGUUCGAUUUUUUCAUGGGAUCGAUAUACUUCGAUAGUCGAUUGAUGCGAAAAUGACUUCCGUUUCCGUAUUCAAAAACCAUCUCGCCAGUCGGUAGUUACUCCUACUUACUAUUGUUUCGUGUUCAUAAAUAGAAAGACACUUUAGUUCGGUUCAUUUAAUUAUUUAUGUGUGUUAUAGGAAUGUUAUUUAUAAAAGUGUGAAGUGUUUCUAGAAAGAUCAGUGGAGAUUAUUCGUUUCGAUCGAUAAUCGGGAAAUAACGCGUUAUUUUGCAAAACAAAAUCACGUUUUCAAUUGCGUUAAAAGUGGAUACACGACUGUAACAGUGCUAAAUUUGACCGCUCUAUUCAUGAUGUUGGUGAACUUUAUCAUGGACAUGUUCUACAUUAACUCGGCGUGCGUUUUAAAAGCAUGCUUCAUGAAAAUCAACGAAGAUCUUGAUAAAUUACGAAAACCCGUCACCAAGAGAUUUCUGCGCCACAAACAGAGGACUGCCUCGUUGCUGAUGAAAUUGAAGAAUUUAGAGGGGAAACAGCUGCAUGUCACCGACGUUCUACAAUUUCUCAACAAAAUAUUUGUCAUCCAACUCGUAGUAACAGCUGUCACGACUUUUAAUAAUGUUACUUUUAAUUUGUACUUUAAUUUAUUAUGGGUCAGCGGUGGGGAAAAGGGUCUGAAAUAUUCAGGAUUUUGGUACUGGCCAUAUAUUCCUUCUGCCAUAUAUCAUUUUUUUAAAUUUGUUACGAUGAUUUGGGCGUGUGAAACAGCGACUAGUAAAGCUAAACAAAUCCGCACUACUCUUCACGAUGUCCUUAGCGAGGCGGCCGAUUUGUCGGUGAAACGAGAGCUGGAGCUUUUCUCGCUGCAAUUACUACACUGUGACACUACAUUUUCUGCGAAAAUGAUCGAUAUGAACGCGUCACUUCUUGCAGAGAUCGUGGGAGGCAUCGCCAUGUACCUUUUGAUACUGCUCCAAUUCUUAUUGCAUUGGGUAGCAUGCGAGUUCGGGCAAGAGUGAACGAAGAAAUAGUUACGUGAUUCUGCGUGACGCAUGUGUUUCUUAUCGAUUCUUUCGGCAGUUUUGCGAAAAGCACUGCUUGAUGUGUCCAUGCGCAAACAUCUGUAACACUUGUUGGCCACUUUUUCUUUGGCUUAUAUAUAAAUCUGUACAAUUGUGAUGCAAAGAAAUCUACCGGUUUUAUUGUACGUUACCAUGAAAUCAGACGCGAGAUUACGGGAUCCUAGUUUAUGGGAUGAUCUGAUACACUGAACGAGACUCUGGAAAUCGUCAUGCAUAAUCACUGUGCAGAAAAAACAUUUUGGUCACAGUAAAGUUUUAGUGGUGCCAACGUUUUCCGUUUUAAAUCUUGCAAGUAUUUUCAUAGCUAUUAAACAUUAAAAAUCACAAAUUUUUAGGACUAUCUGUAUGGGGUUAUGAAUCCGUAUGGGGCUAGGAAAAAUUAUUUGAUACUUUUUAGUCCGUCUUAUAAACGUGGUAUAUUAAAAAUUUUUUUUUAUUUGAAUGCAAUAAUUAUUUUCUGCUUCUUAAUCCAGUGUGUGUGAAAUUUCUCAGCAGAUUGUAAACAUUUUGAUGUGAUUAUGACCGAGACAUGUGGUAAAUUUCAGGUUUAUUUCAGUUUGUUCCGUAUGGAACCCUAACAAACAGACAGACAAGAAUGCGAGUUAAUAAAGACGCUGACGAAUUAUUAUUGGUAAC